AUGAACUCGGACGGCCAGGCUGAGCAGUUCCCUCCGCUGUCGCCCAACGCUCAGCUGCCCACGCCCGCCGCCACUCCGACCCUGGACCAUGGCGACGCUCUCAUCGGCCUGGGUUUGACCGCCUCGCCAGAAGACACCAAACAUGGCCCCGUGGCCGACAAAUCCAACGACUCCCGCCAGCUCAGGUCCGAUAAGCCGCGCAAGAGCAGCACCGGCACUCCAGCCUCUCCUCGAGUCCGCGGCGUCUCCGACGGUGACAAGAAGGAGGUGCUCAAGUUGUCGCCCGCCAGGAUCCAGGAGCUGACCGAGUCGCCCAAUUCCCUACCUGUCCGUCCCGCCGCGCCGUUGCCCGACCCUCUUCCCUCGCUGUCAGAGUCGCCCGUCCUGGUCAACAACGAGACCGACGCGACUACGAAUCGAAGCCCCGACAAGGUGUCGCGACCGCAUAGGAUGGAGCAGCAUGGCGCGACGGAGCCGGCCCCGAGGCCACUGCCCAGCGCGGCCAAGUCGAGCAGGCCGUUGAUGCCGUCAAGGACCGUCUCUACGCCUCCGGUCCUCCGGCGCAAGCAUUCCAGUAGAGGUCAAACGCCUUCGAUGGACUCGACUCAACCGCGAAUUUCUCUCAGACCGGCGCCCCUGAACUUUGACGAAGCGAAGCCGAGCGGCACUCCAGGUGGCUUGAAGCCUUCCGCCAUCCAGGAGACGCCUCUGGCUUCGCCCAUGCCAGCCUCAAUACCCCUUCCGCCAUUGUCAAUCCCCACGUAUCUGCAGCUGGAACUUGCCUCAGAACGGCCUUCUCCUCUGUACAUCCACCGUUCUGCCACCAGCGAUUUCCCUUAUGAGUCUUCCCGGAUCAAAUUCGAGCGAUUACUUAAUUUUUUAAUACUUCCCUUCGAGCUGGAGCAGUCUUUAUGGUUCGGCGCUCUGGCCUGUUUAGACGCUUGGCUUUACACCUUUACCAUCCUUCCACUGCGCUUCUUCAAGGCUGUUUGGAUCCUUGCCAAGUGGUGGUCUCGUAAUGCGUUCAAGGAGGCACGCGACAUUGUCACCUUCAUCUACGGCGGAUUGGGGAGAGUGUGGGAGAGGAGACAGGGAAAGGCGCCGUCUACCCCCGCACUAACAGGCGAGGAGCACACUCGCAAGCCGUCAUCGUCCCAUUCUGCCUCCUCGGCGACUGGCUUCGAUGCAAAUGCCAUUCGUUUCCCGCCCCUCACGGAACCAACAAAGAGACCUGCGAAGCAGUCUAUCUACCGGCAUCGCAGGUUAAGGUCGGUUCCAUCGACGUUGAUGCCAAAUCACAAGGCGGACAUCCUCAAGGGUCUGUUGGUACUUUCGACUUGUAUUAUCCUGAGCAGGUUCGAUGCCAGCAAAACUUACCACAACAUCAGAGGACAGGCUGCGAUCAAGCUUUACGUCAUAUACAACGUCCUCGAGGUGUGCGAUCGUCUCUUCUCCGCUCUUGGUCAAGACAUUCUCGAGUGUUUGCUUUCGCGUGAGACCCUGGACCGCAACGCCGACGGCCGUAGCAAAAUCAUCCGCCCUUUUUGGAUGUUCUUGCUGGCUCUUGUGUACAACUCCAUCCACGCCACCGCGCUUUUCUACCAGGUCAUCACGCUCAAUGUGGCUGUCAAUUCGUAUUCCAACGCCCUUUUAACACUGCUCAUGUCAAACCAGUUUGUUGAGAUCAAGGGCACCGUGUUCAAAAAGUUUGAAAAGGAAAAUUUGUUCCAAUUGACAUGCGCCGACAUGGUCGAGCGGUUCCAGCUCUGGCUCAUGCUCAUGAUCAUUGCGUUCCGUAAUAUUGUCGAGGUUGGCGGCUUGACUAUCAACGUGGGCGGCUCCAGCUCCGGUGGAAGCAUUGGUAAUAUCACCAGUGCACCGUUCAAGAGUACCAGCAUCAUCCCCAAAAGUUUUACGAUUUUCCCCAAGUGGACAGGACAGGUUCUAGGGCCUUUCUUGCUGGUUCUUGGCAGUGAAAUGCUUGUCGACUGGCUCAAGCAUGCGUACAUCACCAAAUUCAACAACACGAAGCCGGCGUUGUACUCGAGAUUCUUGGACGUGCUGGCCAAGGAUUAUUACUCACAUGCCUUUGCCGAUCAAAACCUGACCAAACGCCUCGGUCUACCGGUCCUCCCCCUCGCCUGUCUCUUCAUCCGCGCUACUAUCCAAACCUAUCAUAUGUUCUUGGCCACGCACAUGCCGCUGCCCAUUCCGUCGACCGCCACCGCCAUCGCUGUCGACGAGUCUAGCGCCACGUCUUCGCCCGCUACCACUGCCGCCCUAGCCCACAUCGACCACAUCUUUCGGCGAGCGCUUGGUCGUUCGAGCUUCGGCGCAGGAGUGGUCGGCGUGGACGGCGCAACGGGGGGCUUCAGCUGGUGGAGUCUCGACGACGUGAUUGCGUUCGCGACGAUGCUGGUCGUUUUCCUGGCAGCGUAUUUUGUACUGUUGCUUUUCAAAUUGGUUUUGGGCAUGUGUCUGCUCUCGUUUGCUCGGAGCAGGUAUCACGGCAUGAAGGAGCGGGAGAAGAUGGUUGUGACCACGGACGGGAAACGAUUGGGAGGAUGGGGUGUUGUGGAGGUGGAGGACGAUAAGAAGAGAUGGAUUUAUGCGGAUGAUCCUGAGGGGUACCGCAUGAAUCGGGAGAGGGAACAAAAGGGAAAGGAGAAAGAUAAGAAGGGUGGAGAGGAUUUGGGGCUCGUGCAGAGGUAUAGCAUGGUUGCGAAGAGGAUUUGGUAA